AUGCCUCGUCAACAACGCCGUGCCGCUCCCACCCCUGCGCGUAGCGCUCCCAGACGCCCUACCGCCGCUCCUGCUCGACCCGCGGCUGCUCCCUCGCAGCAGCAGUCGCAGCCUCACUCGACUGCCGCUCAACCCCCACAGGCCCAGCAGGCUCCUCCCAUGCAGCAGCAGAGCGCCGGCCCUGGACUGUUCGGCCAGAUGGCCUCAACCGCAGCUGGUGUUGCUGUCGGCUCUUCCAUCGGGCACGCCAUCGGUGGCUUCUUCAGCGGUGGCUCUAGCGCCCCUGCCGAGGCCCAGCAGGUUCCCCCUGCUCAGUCCCAGGCUAUGGACAACGGCCUCUACCAGAGCAACGCUGCGCAGACCUCGUACGAAAAUCCUGCCUGUGAGGUUGAUGUCCGCAACUUCCGCACUUGCAUGGAUGAGAACCAGGGUAACUUGAGCAUUUGCGGUUGGUACCUUGAUCAGCUGAAAGCUUGCCAGGCUGCCGCCAAGCCCUACUAA